GAUGAAUGCACCAACUUUUCUGGAAGUACAUAACAACUUUUAAGAUGCAACAAGUUUUCUCUGAGCUCAGACUUUGGUAUCCGUUGUGACUGAUCAAAAACAGAACAGCUUCAUCUAAGGGGAGAUAAAUCUGUAGCAAGAUGGCUGAGGAAGGAUUAGAUAUCUAUGAAGCAAUAGGAAGAGGAAACAAACAGAGAGUUAAUGAACUUCUGGACUGCGGGGAAGACAUCAACCAGAAGUCUAACUUCCUGUCCCCGUUAGGUUAUGCAGCAGAGUGUGAGCAGACAGAGAUAGCCAGUCUUCUCCUGAGCAGAGGAUGCGAUGUCAAUGUUGGGGGCCGCAGAAUAAAAACACCUCUGUACAUUGCCAGUCGUGCAGGCAAUAUUGCUCUGGUACAACUGUUACUGGAGCACUGUCCCAAACUACAACUGAAACAUGUGAAUGGAAAUACCCCCCUUCAUGAAGCAGUUGUGCAGGGCCACACAGAGGUUGUACGAGAACUAAUCAAGGCAGGAAGUGAUGUCACAUCUGUGAAUAACGGGAAGGAGACCCCACUCCACAUCGCCUGUUUGAAGGGCUUCACAGAGAUCACUCGGGUUUUGAUUGAAGCUGGGAGUGAUCUUUGUGCCACUAAAGGUAAACUGGGUGUGGAGCCUAUUCACCUGGCAGCGUUUGGAGGGCAUAUUGAGGUUCUGACACUUCUUCUUAACGCAGGUAUAAACAUUAACACAGCCAAACUGGACAAUGGAAGGACACCUUUACACAUAGCAGCAAUUCACAAUUGUGUGGAUUUCGUUGAGGCUUUGAUCGCUAACGGCUGUGACCUUGACCCCAUCAGUUCUGAGAACGAGGAGGCGAAAACGCCUUUACUGAAGGCUGUUGAGCUGGGCCAUGUUGAAAUCGCCAAAAAACUUGUUGCUGCUGGAGCAGACACAAAUAGAGGUGACCGCUGGAGCGUGACUCCGCUUUUGACAGUCAUGCUUCAAGGAAAGGCGGCCAUUGCUAAGAUGUUGAUCCAAGCCGGCUGCGAUGUGAAUCUCGCCAGCCGUAAUGGUGUCACGCCGUUCACCGCGUCUUUACGCAAUGCUGCGGAUUUGACGAUGUUUUUAGUUGAGGCUAACUGUAAACUAACAUUCACGGACAAAGAGCACCUAGCAAGAGCUGUUGAAAUCGCGCCGAAUGCGCAGCAGAGGAUGCUGUUAAUGCAAAUUCAGCAUGUCAUAAGCAACCCACGCCCACUACUGCACUUGUGUCGGUCGUUGAUUCGACACAGCCUGGGUAAGGGUUGCUGUAGUAAAACAGAUACUUUGUGUUUACCCCAUGAACUCAAGAACUACCUCAAAUAUCAAGACCUUUAAGAAGGUCACGACUGAUCAUUUACCAAUGAGUAUGUUAAAGUUGGCUGCUGGUACAUUAAUGAAUCAAGGUAAUUGAUCAGUUCAAACAGACUGUAGAUCACAUCUACCAAAGACAUUCACAAGAAUGCAGACCUUAGUUUUUAGCUGGUUUGAUGGGGCUUAUUUGGGUUCAAAUUCUAUGUGAGGCUGGUUAUACUGUGAGUCGGGGGAGUAGCCUAGCAGUUCACUAGUGGUAUAAAAACCUUUUGUGUGAUUGAUGUAAACUAUUGACUUAUUAGUGGGCCUAUCACCACUGAAACUUCAAAAGAUUUCAAAGAAAACCAAUAAUUCAUAAGCUAAGGUGAUAUGUCAGGUUUAUUGUCUGAAAACACUCUGGAUUAGCUCAACCUCCAUGCAUGCCUAGACUGUGAACUGUUAUGAGAAACUGAAGGGAGAAACCCACAUAAGGUCUGUACCCCAAACAGAAAGAAAUACAGAAGACAACUCUCACAAAAUUAUUAAGGAACCUCUGCCAAUAAUUACCUCAGUAAUAUCUCACAAUAUGCAAUGUGAAACCUGGGAAGAACACUAAUGUGGAAGUCUUCAUGUUGUAGAACGGCCGCUGAACAUGCAGAUGUUUCAUACGCUGGGCUCUAAGUUUAGCCAUCCAGGCAAAACAUUCAUAAGAUCUGAUUGUUUUAUGUACGAUGGGCUGUAUUCAGGUUCGUGGGUGAAGAACCAAGAAGAGCCUCGAGGAAGCCACUUUCUUCUGCUAAUUCCUGACAAACUUCCUAACCUAAAAAAAGUCUUUUAACAGUCAAGAGUUGGGUUUGAUGUCAUGUUUCUUAAUAAUUCUUCAUACUUGAUGUUUUUGUAGCAUGACAAAGCCAGGUAAGGCUAUUGAAUGGUCUGAAUUCCAGUCCCUUUGUA